AUGGAGGAUAAAACUUUGGACGAUUACAGACCGACGGAAACAGACGGACCUUACCCGGUUAAAGAAGAAAUCUUCACAUCGCCUCUGUCUUGUACAGACACGGCCGUUUGGGACGCGUCGUUUAAUGAAACAGAUUUUACAGAUGAUUCCAUCAAUGUCAGCUGGGAUGAAGAGAAGAAAAGAAACAUGAUCACAGCCCACUUCCGUGCGAACCUGGUCAGUUGGUUAUCUACGGUCAACGGCUACUUCCAGUUCGCACAAGACACUCUUUUCCUAGCUGUCAACAUUGUAGACCGCUGUCUACAGAGAAUGGAUGUUACGCGAGGAUCGUUCCAGCUCCUAGGCGCGACGGCCUUUCUCAUCGCCGGAAAACAUGAGGAGGUAACUCCGCCAGAGAUCAAUGACCUGCUUUGGCUGUGUGCGGAAGCCUACUCUCGGAAUCAGAUGGUUAAAAUGGAGGAGCUCAUUCUGGAUGCCAUACAUUUUGAAAUGUUUGUUCCUACUGGAUCUUUUUUCCUAGAGUACUUUGCUUGUUGUGAAAUGAUGGACAGUGACACCAGAAAUUUAGACGAAUUUAGGAAUGCACGACGCCAUGCUCGUUACUUUAUGGAGUUGUCCCUUCAGGAUUAUAAACUGUCUCAGUAUCUGCCCUCUAUGCUGGCCCUUUGUGCCUGGAAGUGGGCUGUGCAAGACUGCAUGGCCGAAUACAGGCUCUACUCCCCCUCCUGGGAAGUGGACUUCAAUCCAGCAGCCUAUAAAAACUGCUUUGAAGACUUUCUUGUGUUCGUGUCCAAGUUGAAGGGGACUGUCUCGGAAGCGAAUGUUUUGACUGGUUGCUACGAUCAUGACGACGAUUCAGACGUUGAGUGUUUGAAUUCAUAUUGA